UUUCACUCAAGUUUAAUGGCAAACGUUUGGAAAAGAAAGGCUCAAGCUCAACCAUAGGUGAGAGAGAGAGAAGAGAAUCAUCAGAUAACAAGAAAAGAAAAAAAGUGAAUGUUCGUCCACUCUACUCCACUCACCCAGCAACUUCAGCGUCAUUUCCCCACACAAACACAGACCAAAGCUUCAAUCUUUUCAACAAUUCAUUCGACCCCAUCACUCUUAUUCUUCCUCAACAGCAACAACAUGUCUCUGUAAGCGGUUUUACACUCCUGGGUAGUGAUGGAUUUGGGGGGACACAUCAUGACCCGUUUGGUCGGAGACUACAUACUGGGUCCUCGAAUCGGGUCGGGUUCCUUCGCCGUCGUGUGGCGUUCACGGCAUCGCCACUCUGGGUUGGAGGUUGCGGUCAAGGAGAUUGAUAAGACAAGGUUGAGUCCCAAAGUGGGUGAGAGUCUCAUCAAGGAGAUCUCUAUUCUCAGUACCAUCAAUCAUCCUAACAUCGUUAGACUCUUCGAAGCGAUUCAGACCAGUGACAGGAUUUACCUUGUUUUGGAGUAUUGUGGUGGUGGGGACCUUGCUGCUUACAUCAAUCGCCGUGGGAGAGUUUCCGAAUCCGUUGCUCGCCAUUUCAUGAGGCAAUUGGCUGCUGGGUUGCAGGUGCUUCAAGAAAAGAACCUCAUACAUAGAGAUUUAAAACCACAGAACUUACUGUUGGCCACUACUGCAGCUACACCAAUUAUGAAAAUAGGGGAUUUUGGUUUUGCAAGGUCUCUCGCACACCAGCAGUUGGCAGAUACACUAUGCGGUUCACCGUACUACAUGGCCCCAGAGAUAAUUGACAGUCAAAAGUACGAUGCCAAGGCUGAUUUGUGGAGUGUUGGGGCAAUAUUGUAUCAGCUAGUGAUUGGGAGGCCGCCAUUCGAUGGAAAUAGUCAAUUGCAGCUUUUUCAAAACAUUUUGGCAUCUACUGAAUUACGCUUUCCACCAGAGGCUUUGGAAGAGCUACAUUCUGAUUGCUUGAAUCUUUGCAGAAGCCUUUUACGUAGAAAUCCAGAGGAGAGAUUGACAUUCAAGGAUUUCUUCAAUCACAAUUUCCUACGGGAACCGAGGUCAGUGGUGAAUAUUGAACAGUCUCAGUUACAUCAGCCAGAAAGUUCAAUGGUUCAUCAAGUAGAUGGCUCUGCCUCUGAGAAGAUGUCUCAACUACAACUUGGUGCUGGCACUCAUCUGUCAAACCAAGCUCAAGUUUCCCGUUUAUUGGAGUCCAUUGAGAAAGAUUAUGUCUUCAUCAAUUCUCAUUUUGCAUCAUUGGAGGAUUUCUCUGACUACUUUGAGGCAUUAGCCCAAGAUAAUUCCUCAAGCAGAGUUUCUAUCGGUCCUUCAAAGAGGACUAACCUGGAAAUAAGCGUCGCAAAACAAACAAAGGAUCUUCCUUCUUCCUCCACUGGUGGGUUAGGAAACUUUAAAAGCAAUGAAUUUGCUGCCUUGACAAAAGAUCAGGGAAUUUCCUCACUGCACCCUUCAAAUAGGUUAGAGUUGUUGCAUCAGUAUUUGCAGGUCCUUGGAGAACUUUCACAGGAAAAGUAUAAUACGGAGCUGUAUCUUGAGUCGCUUGCACUUGAGUUGGUGGUUUUGGCUAUAUGGAAGAAAGCUAUAGAGAUUUGUAACUCUUGGAAAGCCUCCAGUUCUGAGAGCAGUUCUGCUAAUCAAUCCGAAAUUACAUGUGGAGGCUUGGGCUUAUCACAAACUACGGAGCUGAAAAUAAAUUUUUGUGAUCCUCCAUCUGUUUCCUUGUGGGCUAAACAUGGGUUUAUUGGUGCAGUUGAUCGUGCUGAGAAACUGUCAUGUCAUAUUCAAAACAUGGAUGGGGCUGCUGAGAUGCCAGAUGCAAUGGAGAUUAUAUUUCAACAAGCACUCUUAGUUGGGACAAGUGGUGCUGUAGAUGAGUAUAUGAAGAACAGAGAUAGGGCUACUGCAGCUUACUCAAAAGCAAUGCUUCUACUUUUGUUCAUUGUGGGAGAAGCAGAGAACCUUCCACUGAACCCACCAUUUUCACUUCUUGCUGCUGAUAAGAAGCGAAUCUUACAAUAUAUUCGCAAUUUGCAGUUUCAUCUGAAAUCCUCAUCUGAGUCCUCUUCAAAGGAAGCCGAUGCUCUUGCGGCAAAGUAAAUAAACAGUUGUAUAUAGUUGUCAUUGCAUCACCACUUUUGGAAUUGGUGAAGCAAGUUACUGCUGAUAUUCCUUUGACAGAUACCAUCUUGUAUAUAGAGGUAUAUAUAACCUACCAUGUCUACGUAGAGGGGCUUUGCCUUUAUCGCAUGCGUGAUUAUGUACAUAAUCUCAGUAAUUCUUUGAAAUGGAAUUUGUAAAUAGUGUAUAGCUCAUAUCCUGUACAGUUUUGAAACCAGAUCAAUGUAUUCGAAUUUAUCAGGAUAAAAUUGUAUUUAAUUUUCACUUCCUGUAAA